AUGAAGUUGAUUCUGCAACGAAGAUCGGGUACUGAAAUCGAACUCCAAAUGCCUACCAAUGGUCCCAGUCCUCACCUGAGUCAUAGUUCUUCAUCAUCUGUUGAAAGCCCACGCAUAGUGCCUCCUGAUAUUGCCGCAAAGAGAAUCGGUAACCCGCCGAGAAGGGCAUCACUUCCUGUUCCCCGUCCUGGUGCUAUCAACACACUUCUACAGCCACCUUCUACUGGUCGUACAUCUCAUUCUCUAAGGCAGAAUACCACAUUGGAUACUCAUAAGCCCAGACCCAAGAGCGCACUUGCAACCCACGAAGUGAGACCCACCAGCCCCAAACUACACUACAUUCACGGCUUACCAAACUCAAAGGCAUAUCCAUAUGUUUACAAAAGAGAAGUAACACAUCAUCUAGCUGCCGUUCGUGCCGGCUCACCAAGUCCACUAGCAGAUUUCGCCCUCGCAGCUCAGACCAGAACCAGUGUGAAUAUGACUACAGACUACUCGGAAACAGUAUAUUAUGGCUCGCGAAUGUCAUCUGCGUUUUCGCCUACGCCAGAACAACAUCGCUCGCGGCAGCCGCGGCGCGGUAAUGUGGUUGUGGAGCAGACUGCGAACAGGGAUGGAUAUGUCGUGACCGAACACCCGCAUCUACAUCAGCAAGCUGGCAUACAGCAGCAUGUUGAUCAUAGUAAUGGACAUCGUAGGCGAGCGCCCGAACAGCAGGAAAGAUCCCGGACGGCUUCGAGACCACAGCCAGAUACCUCUAGUCGCACCAGAAGUACAAGUACAGGCAGCGAGCCAAGCACGGAUCGUCAGACCCCCGAGCCAGAACACUGUUCCGGGGAAGACCUAAGGCCGAGACUACGAGGUGGUGAUGGCGGUAGAGAUGAGGAUUUCCAUACUCCCAGUUGCGGACUCACGCUCAAGCAGCUCCUACUCACCUGUCACAGGCCCAACUACAGAUACAGCACCAACAGUAUAAUCAUCGACGAAACCCUCCAACCAGCACGGGUACCAGAUGCAUCACAGAUUGCACAAGCCAUACAAAAGACACAGGGAACGGCGAGACUCCCUCGUAAUCUCUUAAGGAAGAGUAAUCCCCACGCCAUACUACGCACAACGCAGGUUGAACUAUGCACUGGAAACAUCGCUACUACUUAUUCAGAAUGCACACCCCCCAUUCAAACCCCACGUUUUCACCACCUUCCAAUAUCAUCACCCCCACAGCACUAUCCCGCAGCCUCUCCAACCAAUCCCCAUACUCUCGCAAUCCUAACCCUAAGGGGCGGCGCAUCCACACCCUCCACCCUUUCCGACGACUCCCCUCUCCCGUCCACACUCUUCUGGCUCGCCGGCGGACGAGGACCCCCCAUAACCACCCGUAGCUGGAAGCGUCAAAGACCGAAGAAGAGAAUGGGUGGGUUGUUUGGAAAGUUGAUUUAUGGGACGCGCGCUGGGACGUUGUAUGAAGGGAAGAAAGAAGGUGGUGGGGAGGGUGAUGCGGGUUCUGCAAAGGAGUCUGUGGGAGAGGGUAGUCAGAAAGGCGAUAGUAGUUCUGCAGAGGAGGGAAAGGAAGCGGAGGCGGAUGGGUCUGACGCUGGGUCUAAGAAAGAAGAGGCUGAUGCUGAGGCAGUACCGGAUAAGAGCGAAGAUGCAGCAAAGGAAGGCGAUGGAGCCUAA